AUGAAAAAGAGACGCGUAAAGAUAUCUCGUAGUGUCGGUGAUGGGUCCAUCAAUAGACUAGGGAAUGUGCCAAAGGAGACCGCCAGCCAACGAGACACGCUUGCUGCCAUCAAGGAGACGGAGAAGGCGAGGGAUGAAGAAGAAACGCGAAAAGAUAUCUCUUGCCGUGCUGGUGACGAGUCCUGGCCCACAUCCAGCGACGCAUCAAUGGAGACUGCCAACGAACGGGUUUUCCUUGAAGCUGUUGGAAUCCGGCUUCUCAAUGGCCUUUUCCUCGAUGACAUGAGCAGGCUGCCUCGAGAAACUGUACGACUACCAGAUGCAAUGUCAAUAAUAUUCCAGCGAGAUGAGAUGGUGGACGUACUAGGAAUCGGAUUCGUACAGCGAAAGACAUUCUCCCAGCUGAGCUAG